AUGAAUGAUAACAUCGAUAUUGUUUUUUUUAAAUGUUGGAGAAAUAUUGUAAUUAAUAGGGAGAUUUUUUAUUAUGUAUCACUAUAUAGACAUCAAAUUGAGUAUUGCGUUGAAGGAGUAAGCGAACUAGGAGAAGUUGAUUUAGAGAUAAAGAAUAAAAUAAUAAAUUUAACUUAUAUGGGUCACGAAAUGAUUAAAUAUUGUUCAAGUUUUAAUGAUUAUACAUCAUUAAAAAGAAUAAAAUUUACAAAUAAUUCAAUGGCUUCAAUUAAUGGAUCUGUAUUUCCUGAUACAGUUGAAGAGGUUAUUUAUCCAUGGGGUAAUAAUAGUGUAAAUACAUAUCUUUCAAACCUUCCAAAAUCAGUUACUUCAGUUAAAAAUGUAUUUUAUAAAUUUAGUUUAAAACCAGAAUAUCUUGCAGUUAAUCAAUAUAAACCAACAUUGCCACAAAAAUUAUCAAUUCCAAAUUCAAUUAAAUCAAUGAGUUUUAGUAAAUUUUCAAAAUUUAAUCAAACUUUAAAACCAUCGCAACAAAAUGAACGAAAUAAUAAUAAUAAUAACAAUAAUAAUAAUAAUAAUAAUUAUAAUAAUAAUAAUAAUAAUAAUAAUAAUAAUAAUAAUAAUGAUGGUGAUGAUAAAAUUAAAAUACCAAAAUCAAUUACAUCACUUGACCUUGGAAUUAAUUUUAUGAAUGGUGGUAAAAUAUUAGAAGUUGGAUCAAUACCAAAUUCAAUUAAAAUAUUAGAUUUAGGUUAUUAUAAUUUAGAGUUAUUAGAAAAUGUAAUACCAGAUUCAGUAACAUAUUUAAAAGUUUAUCAUCCAAAUAAAAAUCAAUUAAUUUUACCAAAGAAUUCAAUUAAAUCAUUGUUAAUAAGAUAUAAUAGUAUAAUACCUGAUAAUAAAACUAGUAUCAAUAUCCAAUCAAUACCAUCAAGUGUAACAAAAUUAGAUUUAGAAACUGGUGUAUUUCCAAUUGAUUCAAAUUCAAUACCAUCAAGUGUAACACAUUUAGAAUUUAGAGAGAAUUUUAAUAUACCAAUUACAAAAUCAUUACUUGAAUCAUGUAAAGAUAGUUUAAAAAUAAUAAAAAUACCAAACUCUUUUAAUUUAAUUAUUGAAAAUGAUUCAUUAAAUCAAUGUUUAAAUUUAAAAACUUUGGAAUUUUAUGAAAAGGUCAAUUUAGGUUAUUUCAAUAGAAAUGAAAUUGGUUGGAAUAAGGAUAAUUUACCAUUGGAUUUCUUUCCGAUUUCUUUAACUUCUUUAUCAUUGGGUAAUGGGUUUGAUCAAUUAUUAAAACCUGGUUUAUUACCACAAUCAUUACGUUCUCUUUAUUUAGGUUCUUCUUUUAAUAAACCUUUGUUAUUAAAUUCUUUACCAAAUGGUUUAUUAGUUUUAAAGUUUAACCAAGAUUCAAGAUUUAAUCAUCCAAUUGAGGUUGGAGUUUUACCAGUUACAUUAAUUACUUUAGAAUUUGGUUAUGCAUUUUCUUUUAAAAUUACUGACCCAAAUAUUCUUCCAAAAUCUUUACAAUAUCUAGUUUUACCAAGUGAAACAUCUUCAAUUUCAAAGAAUGCAAUUCCUAAAUCAAUUAAAGAUUUAAGAUAUCUUUAUUUUUAA